CUGAGAUCAUAUAAAAACUAAAAUUUCACUAGGAAUAUUUUUAAUAAUUACGGAUGAUAUUUUAUUACUAUUAUCGGGUGUGAAAUAAAUAAGAAUAAUAAGAUGGAACAAGAUGAAAAAAAAGUAACAUGGAUGCCAGCGGAAGACGAAGAAACGAUUCCUAUCAGAUCUUACAGCGAUCAAAAACGUAAAUCAUCAAUUGCGUUUAAAGAAAUAUUUACAACGACUGAUGAACAACUGCGGGAAAAAUUUGUUGAUAUAAAUGAAUUUGAGAAUGAAGUCAACAUGGAAAAGAAAUCGAUGGAAAAAUUAUCAGUGAGUUUAUCUAAAAGUAUGGGGCAGUUGUCUAAAAUAAAAGCUGCUGAAAUCGGUGAUUCAAAAUCUAAAAGAAUCCCGUCAUCGGUAUCGAUACCACCAAUAGGAAGAAAGAAAUCGCUAUCUAGCUCUCAAGAGCCAUCGAUUCAAUCUUUAAUUGAAAUAACGAAAAGCAGUGAAGUUAUUAAAAAUCGAGAACGUGGGACUACAAGAAGGAGUACUCUUACCUUUAAUGUAGGAACUUUGGGAAUUUUUUCGGGAAAUGAAGUUCAUCUGAGAGUUUCUGAUAAUAUUCCUGUGCGUAAUAUGGCACUAGACGUAUCGAUUGUUGAUACAUUUGACUAUAAAACUGCUAAUGCUUUUGUGGAUAUUAUUGAACGGAUGCUUGAUAAAUUACAAAUAAUAAAGUAUACGAUUCCUGUUAGUGUAAAUGAUUGGGAUGAAAGUUUUAAAAGUAUGGAAGAGAAUUACGGAGAUAUUAAAUAUGAGGAAUGUGGGUUUGAUAAUAAAGAUUUGGAAGAUAAUUAUAUUUUUGAAAAGCUUGUCGCUGAAAAAUUACAACGAGACAGAACUUAUAUUUAUAAUGUAUUAGAAAAAACAAUGAAAGAAUUAAAAUCGGAAAACAGUUACGAUUAUUUGAAAAAAGAAAUCGAUGAUAUUGUAAAAAUAUCCGAAGAUCAAUACAAUUUGGAAAUAAAUAAUGAAAUUUGGUCUGAGCAAUUAAAACAAUUACGUGAAUUAAUUGAUAUCGAAAAAAUAAAUAAUCAGUUGCAAGUCAAAGCCGCUCUUUCUGAUAUUAAAAGAACUUGUGUCAAUAUUGAAAAUAUUAUCAAUAAUAGCACGUGGAAAUUAGAUUUUGUCGAAAGAUGGGAAGAGUCUCGACUAAAGCAGCAAAAAUUAUUAUUAGAAAUAAAAGAACAAAUUUUGAAUGAUGAAUUGAGUGAAUAUACGAAGAGAGAAAAGUCAGACGAAAUAAUUUCGGGAGAACUGAUAACUUUUUUUCAAUCAGAGAUUAUAGAGAUGGAAAAACAAAUAGAGGAUUGGGGAAAUAGAUACAGUAUUGAAAUAAACGAACUUCAGCAAGAGAUUGAUGAAGAAAAAGAAAAAAUUAAUAAUGUCAAAGAAAUAUUAGAAGAAAAAACUAAAUUAUGUGAUGAACAGAAAGUUGUUAUUGAUGAGUAUGAAAAUGAGAGAGCGGAGAAAAUUAAAAAAUCUGAAUAUUUGGUAGCAAUUAAUCGUGCGGCGACAAUUAUUCAAGCAGCGUGGAGGGGAUAUAUGGUGAGAAAAGAAUUAGGAAGCUACAAAAAUUUGUGGAAUGUUUUGAAAAAACGUAAGAAGUUGGCUCUGAAGAAAAAAAAUAAACGAAAUGUUAAAAUUGCAAAGAAGAAAAAAAAGCUUAAGGCUUAAAUAUUUAAAGUA